AACUUUGUGUUGCUGCUGCUGCUGGUUGUUAGGAGAAGGAAUGUGGAAGUCAGCAGUGUGGAGGGUGACAGGCUGCCCGUGCAAGCUGCAGGAGCGGCAGCAGCAAAAGCCUAAAUCCUUCUCCCGCGCAGAUUCUUCGCUUUCUCUUUUCUGUAUUUUUGGGAGACGUGCAGAAUUUUGCUUUCUCUCCCAUCAUAUUUAAAGGGAAGGUGCCGCGGUAGACACAGGAACUAUGCAACGGGGUUGCUGCUUUUCUCUCCUGUGACUCCGGAUCUGUUUUUGAAGAAGCUCAGGUUCUUCCCUUUCCCCUCCCCUUGACUUUGUCUUUCUCUCCCCCUCCACCGUUUUCCCCAAUCCGCCCCCCUCCCCUCCGCUUUCUCCCUUUCUAGUGUUUUUAAAGGACUUGAGUGAAGAGGGGGGGAAACUGUCAAGAUGGCAGCAGCAGGAGCAAGGAGGUUAUGAAUGUGUUGGUACUGGAUCUUCUCGCAGCCUUAGGGGAGACUUGAAGCUUCCAGACCUGUUGGAAGAUUUCUGCUUUGAUUUGCCCUUUUUUUUCUUGAGAGGCAAACGACGUCAGCAAGAACAAUUGCAAAACAAAACACCAAAGUGGCUCUUCCUUGCCCAGUUCAGCUUCUUGCGAAUAGCCUCCAUUCUAUUCUUUUUGGUUUUUGAAAGUAGCUCGGACUGGACUGGCAUGAAUUUAGAUGCAUAUUAACCCGUCCCCUGCCUUUGGGUCGAAACGAGGAGAGAAAGGGAACUGGGGGAAAAAGUCAUCGUGGUAAUGCAAGAGCCCUAACCUCGUCUGCCGAAGCAAGAAAGAAGCCUGAGCUGUUCUCUGAUGGAUACAGUGUAAUUUCUGUGGUGUGGUGCCUCCUCGUUGGUGGCAGGGUGGGGGUCCGAGAGAGAUCAGAAGACGCCACAGACUUUCUCUCCAUUGCCACGGAAGGAAGCACUUCUCCAUCUGCAUGGAGUGAAAUAUAAACAAACACACACUCCCAGUAGCAGAGCAGGCACGGAGCUGCACCACUCAACUGCGUUUGGCUGCUCCUUGCUUUAAAGGGACAACCCUCCCUCCCCAGUACCCUCCUCCUCCACCUCCUCACUUCCCCCUCCCCCCUCCCUAUCUCACUCUUACCCCCACCCCUCCCCCUCCCUCCUCCGCCCUACCUUCCUCCCUUCUUCCACGCCCCAGCCACCUUGUCCAGGAGAGACCUGCCUAUCUGACCGCCGCUGGGGGAGGGGGUUGCCCCAUCAGUGCCUAAUCCUCCGAUUGUCUCCACCCUCACCCCCCCCCCCGCACCCUCAGGCGGCGGCUGCUUUGGACUGGGAGUCGCUCGCUCUACCAGGUUCACGGGAAGGGACGUUUCCAGGUCUGCCUGUUCCCCUGGCUUGGCGAGGUACUGAUCUGGGAAGAGGAGGCGGCGGCAGUAAAGGUCCGCCGAGGACUUAAUUCCAGCUCAGGAUAACCAACUCUCUCCCCUAUUUCCCUCCCUUUCUCCCCCACCCCCCAGCCCUCCUCCCCGCAGGCAGCGAUCCUGAUCCUUAGCCUGUUCUCCCCCCCCUCCCCUCUUUCCCUCCCCCACUUUACCCCGCCCCAGCGAAAGAGCAAGGAGGAGAGCCACCGCUCGAGCUAGAGAGCGAGGGAGAGAGCGAAGGAGCGAGCAGCAGCAGGCAAAAGGCAGCCCAAGGGCCCGGGCGGCGAAGAUGGCAGAGGCGCCGUCCUCCCCGGCCCCGCUCUCGCCGCUGGAAGUGGAGCUGGACCCGGAGUUCGAGCCCCAGAGCCGGCCCCGCUCCUGUACGUGGCCCUUGCAGAGGCCCGAGCUGCAAGCGAGCCCGGCCAAGCCCUCGGGGGAAGCGGCCGCCGACUCCAUGAUCCCAGAGGAGGAGGACGACGAGGAAGACGACGACGGAGGCUGCGGAGCCCCUGGGGGCGGCGGAGGAGCCGGCACGGCCAUGGCCAUGGCCGGCGCGAGCGGCGUCCUUGGCCCGGGACUGCGCCCCGAGGAGGCGGCCCGGCUCCUGGCCCCUGGAGGGCAGGACUCGGGGUCCAGCGCGCCCCCCGGGGCAGGCGUGCUGAGCGGGGGGCAGCAGGCGCCACUGCAGCCUCCGCAGGCGCCGCUGCCGCUGCCUCCUCCGCCGCCGCCGCUGCAGCCGCAGCAGCCGCAGCAACAGGGGGCGAGCGGGGCCGCGGGGCAGCCGAGGAAAUGCUCCUCCCGGAGGAACGCGUGGGGAAACCUGUCCUACGCCGACCUGAUCACCCGGGCCAUCGAGAGCUCCCCGGACAAGCGGCUCACCCUGUCCCAGAUCUACGAUUGGAUGGUGCGCUGCGUGCCCUACUUCAAGGAUAAGGGCGACAGCAACAGUUCCGCUGGCUGGAAGAACUCCAUCCGUCACAACUUGUCCCUCCACAGUCGAUUCAAAAGGGUACAAAAUGAAGGGACUGGGAAAAGUUCUUGGUGGAUGAUCAAUCCAGACGGGGGCAAAAGCGGAAAGGCCCCUCGGCGAAGAGCUGUCUCCAUGGACAAUAGCAACAAGUACACCAAGAGUAGGGGGCGAGCAGCUAAGAAAAAGGCUUCUCUGCAGGCUUCCCAGGAAGCCACAGAAGAUAGUCCUUCCCAGCUCACCAAGUGGCCGGGCAGCCCCACCUCUCGAAGCAGCGAUGAGCUGGACACAUGGACGGACUUCCGCUCCCGAACCAACUCCAACGCCAGCACGAUAAGCGGGCGCUUGUCACCCAUCCUGGCGACCACUGAGCUGGAUGAAGUCCAGGAUGACGACCCGCCGCUUUCCCCCAUGCUGUAUAGCAACUCGUCAAGCAUGUCCCCAUCGGUCAGCAAACCGUGCACCGUGGAACUCCCACGGCUGACCGACAUGGCAGGCACGAUGAACUUAAAUGACGGACUGACAGACAACCUCAUGGAUGACCUCUUGGACAAUAUCACGCUCCCGCCCUCCCAGCAGUCACCAUCAUCAGGACUCAUGCAGAGGAGUUCUAGCUUCCCAUAUACUGCCAAGGGCUCGGGUCUGGGUUCUCCAUCAGGCAGCUUGAACAAUGCUGUGUUCGGCCCCUCUUCUCUGAACUCUCUGCGCCAGUCUCCCAUGCAGACCAUCCAAGAGAACAAGCCGGCCACCUUCUCUUCCAUGUCACACUACAGCAACCAGUCGCUCCAGGACCUGCUGACGUCUGACUCGCUGAGCCACAGCGAUGUCAUGAUGACUCAGUCGGACCCUUUGAUGUCCCAGGCCAGCACAGCUGUGUCUGCCCAGAAUUCACGGAGGAGCGUCAUGCUCCGCAAUGACCCAAUGAUGUCCUUCGCUGCUCAGUCCAACCAGGGAAGUUUGGUCAAUCAGAAUCUACUCCACCAGCAGCACCAAACCCAGAGUCCUCUUGGCGGUAACCGUGCCUUGUCUAACGCCGUCAACAGCAUGGGCUUGAGUGACGCCAAUGGCCUAGGGUCAGCCAAACACCAGCAACAGUCACCCGUCAGCCAUUCUAUGCAAACCCUUUCUGACUCACUCUCAGGGUCCUCUUUGUAUUCCACUAGUGUGAACCUUCCGGUCAUGGGCCACGAGAAAUUCCCAAGUGAUUUGGACCUGGAUAUUUUUAAUGGGAGCUUGGAAUGUGACAUGGAAUCCAUCAUUCGCAGUGAACUCAUGGAUGCCGAUGGGUUGGAUUUUAACUUUGAUUCCCUCAUCUCUGCUCAAAACGUUGUCAGUCUGAAUGUGGGGAACUUCACUGGUGCUAAGCAGGCCUCAUCUCAGAGUUGGGUGCCAGGCUGAAGGACCUUUGAGGAAAGGGGGAAUGGGCAAAGCAGACCCUCAAACUGACACAAGAUCUAAAGAGGAGGAAAUAAAAAACCCUUUGCCAAAUCUGCUCUCAGCAAGUGGACAGUGACACCGUUUACAGCUUAAUGACCUUUGUGAAUCAAUCCUGCAUCAUUCUCCUAAUCAAGCUGAGACUGUUAAUGGCCCCUCAUCCCCCCCAGCAAAGUUCCUAUUAAACUUAAGAACGUAUGCAAAAUCUUCCCUGUACAGGAUGAUGGAGCACUUUCCGUGGACACAGCACCCAACGCCUCUGCGCCAUCUUGUCAAGACACACUGUGUACCCUCUAACAGUAGUUUCCUGCCAAUGAUCACGUGGUGUUAUAGUAUAGCAAUGGUUUAUGGGCUAUUUUAAGUUUUGGUUUUAUGUUUGUUUUCUUUUCUCACUCCUGUGCCCAUGCAGUAGUUUUUGUUGUUGUUGUUUUUUAUUCUUUCUGUUGACUAGAUUCACCUACUCUUUCUUUCCCUGGCAAGUUGAAAACUUGGGAAGGAAGCAAACACUUGCCAGUUAGGUUACUGCUUCAGGAGUCCCAGACAUUGGAUCCCUCUGAUGCUAUAGACUGAAAGAGCAUAUUCUUUCAUGUUUUGUCUAAUAGAAAACUAUUCUCUUCUUAGAAACCUAACAAUGGCACAAUCAUUUUCCAAAAACAGGACAUAGCACAGGAGAAAUGAAGAACAGUGCAUCCUAUGCAGUGUUUUGUUUUGCUUUUUGAAAUUCUGAACGAGAAGAUUCUUUGGAGGGUCUACCAAAGAGACCCAGAAGCUGAUUUGCUAUUGUCUAAAUCAGGAUGGCCUGUGGUUUUUAUGGAUUGAUCCCAUUCAAUGUAGUGGACCAUCUACUUAUUGAUUGAAACAGCUAUUUUCAGGAGAGAAAUAAGCUAAGAUGCCCAUUCAUUGCCAAAUGCCACUUAGAAAUUUCCCCCCCCCCUUUUUUUUUGGAGGAAAGCAGGGGGAAAAGUAGUUCUGCUCUGAAUUGAAAGUGAGAUGAGGUUUUCUCAAGUAUAUGUCAGGCCUACAGUAGAUAACCUAUGUGAAAAGUGCAGACCAGACUGAUGGGGGAGUUUGGGUCUUUCAUAUUUCUUUGAAUACCUUUCCUUGAUUAUUUUCCACCUCAAUGUGUAAUCAGAUCUCCCAGAACUGUAGAAGGGAGAGAGACAAUACCCCACAAGCUGAUUUUUUGAUAUGAUCUUGGAUUAUAUUUGAACAAAUGAAACAGAAAUGAAAGGCCAUUUUAAACUUUUUGUUUUAUUUUUCAGGCUUUUCCAGAUUUUGGUGGUUUUUUCUUUUUUUUUUUAAAGUUAAUGGUGCUGUAUAGGUGCUUUCUGUUUAACCUGGAAAGUGUGAGUCUUUUUGUUAGUUUCUUUGGUAGGGAGUUGAGUUGGGUGUUCCAUUGGUACAGGGAGAAUCUGGUAUGAAGAAGCUCCAGUUACUCUAGCAUUGGAUCACUUGUCCAACAUGCUCUUUGAAGACUUGGUUUUUUUUUUUUUCCCCACUUUGGAUAAAAUCAUUAUGCAUAUAAAUGUAUAAAUAUAUUUUAUUAUGUAGAAUACAGAAAUGAAUAAUUAUGCAUGGGUGGUAAGAAUACAAACCUGUAUUCCAUCCCAAAGUUUCAGUGCAAAAGUUCUCACUGAUAGCAGUCCCAUGCAGCUACCUUCCAUGACACAUGAAACACACACGUGCACUUGCCACCAUCUGUCGAGCCCCUUUUUUGUUCCUUUACGUUAUCUUGGGGGCUGAUGUUGGUAGAAAUUAUACCUGGUGUGUUGGGCAUUCCAUUUGGUCUCUUAAUGCCCCGUCUCACCCCAACCCUGCCAUGCCUGUAUUGUCCUUUUUGAGUGAUGACCCUGUUUGUUUCAUCACGUUUCACAGAAUUUGUAUAUGCUUGUGUGGUUGUGGUUAUGGUAGACCAACAUGGACGUACCAAUUUUUUGAACAACUUAAGAUCUUAUCCUUUUCAUUGCAAAAGGUAGUAGUAAGUAUUCAGAUUGGUCAGUUUGUCAGUGGCAGGGACUUGCUUCCUGUAUUCCUUUACCAUAAUGAGAGUUUAAAAAUUGUACAAGUAAGACACCUGUCAAAUACUGCUUGCUAGUCCUCUCUGAAAAGCAAAAGGACUGCCUGGUCAGGCACUGGUGAAAGAGAAAUACCUCUCUCAAUCUUCAUUCCUCUGUCUGGAAAGGAGAAGCUAGCCAAGUGGGCCAGAGAGGAGGAAUGCACUGUUUUGUUAUUUGGUCAGAUGGCCUAAGUGGAACCAGCUGGUGGUAGGGAGCUGUUAGGCUGUAUGAGAGUUCAGGCUGCUCCAGCUAGAGAGCCUAGAGAUUGCAGCUCAGCUCCUGAGUUAUAAGGAAGUUGUUUCCUCUUUGUUGCUCUAGACCCCAAGAGUUGUUUGGGGGUGGGAGAGGGCAGGAAGUAGAUCAGAAAAAGUACUAAAAGUGUUUCAACUGAAAAAAAAAAGUAUUGACUUCCCUUCAGUUAUAUAGUAUCUCUUUCAUUCUCUACUUUUCCCACAUUUGAUAGGUUUUAAUCAGAAACUAUCUUGAGAAAUGUUUUGAACCCAGAUUAGAAUUUAAUCUGAGAUAGCUGAGUGCAAGAAAGCACGGGAUCAGGGAGCUACAGAACUGAACAGGAAGUCUUUUUUCCCCCCCCCUUAUUUAAUGACUCAGUGAAACAGCAGCUUAAGCAUGGGGUGUUCUAAGGGACUGAAUCCCUGAGCCAUGCAGGAGGGCUGCAAGAGGGACGGGGAAGGCCUGAUCCCUUCUGGUUCUGGACCUACAAUUGUUACAGUCUUCCCCUUUAUCCGCCCACUGGCUUGAAGUCUCCCAGUUCUAUACUGUGUCUCCUUCAGGAUGGAGCCUUGGGAGCUGAGGCUGAGCUAAAAGGCCAAAGAAGUAAGAUCCGUGCUAGAGUUGCAGCCAUACCUCUGUUAACCUGAGCUGGGUAGAGGUGCCACUUGUGGCUUUUGUCUCUCCCUACAGAUUAGGCUUAAAGGAUCAUCUGGAAAUACUAUGACUGACUUCUGUGUCAACAGAACUAAGUUGGAAAGCAAAGGGAGCGAACCCUACUCUCUCUGGCUGUUCUCAGAUCUAGGAUGCUAAAUAGAAAAUGCAGUUCCCAUAGCUGAUCUGAUAGCUAGCAUCAGCUAACCAAAUUGCAGUCCUUCCUAACCCUUCCUUCCCUACCCCCACCCCUUAGGGUAAUAUGGGAAGGGCUGCCAUUUUUUUUUUUUUAUAAGGAAACCAGAAGAGUAACUAAUGUUUCUAAUUAGACAUACACUCUGGGGAACUAUUCCCCUCUGAGACCCCUGCCCAAACACCUUUUACCAAAGUUAGGAAACAGCUUAAUCACAAGCUUUCCCUGUUAUGUACUCAAGUGCAGAAUAUGCAUUGCCCUUUUCAGGUUCAGGUAUAUCUUUAGCUGUGAAUGAAUCUGAAGUUGUUUUUCUUUUCUUUUUUUUUUUUUCCCCUCAUCUACCAUAAUGUUAUUCUUGCUGAAAAAGUCAUUUGGUAGAUGUGUGUCAUUAUUUUUUUUUUUUUACUUUAAAAAAAUCUCUCCUGUUAAUCAGAGGAGGAUGUUUGAUACAGUACAAAGCAGGCUUUGUGGUAUUUUGUGUGUGUGUGUGUGUGUGUGUGUGUGU